GAUCUGAGCCAGGAGCGGCCCCGCGGGCCCGGCCAGGCCGACAUGUACGCGGGGCUGCAGGAGCUGGGAGUGGCCAACGGCGAGGAUCUCAAGGAGACCCUCACGAACUGCACGGAGCCGCUGAAGGCCAUCGAGCAGUUCCAGACGGAGAACGGGGUGCUGCUGCCCUCGCUGCAGUAUGCCCUGCCCUUCCUGGACCUGCACGGCACCCCCCGGCUCGAGUUCCACCAGUCCGUGUUCGAUGAGCUGCGGGAGAAGCUGCUGGAGAGAGUGUCUGCCAUCGCUUUGGAGGGGAAGGUCGAGGAGAGAUACAAGAAGCUGGAAGAUCUCCUAGAGAAGAGCUUUUCCCUGGUCAAGAUGCCCUCGAUACAGCCCGUAGUCAUGUGUGUCAUGAAGCACUUGCCCAAGGUCCCUGAGAAGAAGCUGAAGCUGGUGAUGGCUGAUAAGGACCUGUACAAGGCCUGUGCUGUGGAGGUGAAGAGACAGAUCUGGCAGGACAACCAGGCUCUCUUUGGGGAUGAGGUGUCACCCCUGCUGAAGCAAUACAUCCUGGAGAAGGAGAACAUUCUCUUCAGCAAUGAUAUUUCCUUCUUGCAAAAUUUCUUCAGUCCAUCUCCCAAAACAAGACGUCAAGGAGAGGUGGUGCAGAAGCUGACGCAGAUGAUCGGGAAGAACGUGAAGCUCUAUGACAUGGUGCUGCAGUUCCUCAGGACGCUGUUCCUGCGCACCAGGAACGUCCACUACUGCACGCUCAGGGCAGAGCUCCUCAUGUCCCUGCACGACCUGGAGAUCAGUGAGAUCUGCACUGUUGAUCCCUGCCACAAGUUCACCUGGUGCCUCGAUGCCUGCAUUCGGGAGAAGUUCGUGGACAACAAGAGAGCUCGGGAAUUGCAAGGAUUCCUGGAUGGGGUGAAGAAAGGACAAGAACAAGUGUUGGGGGACUUGUCAAUGAUCCUGUGUGAUCCCUUUGCCAUUAACACCUUAGCCUUGAGCACCAUAAGGCACCUGCAAGACCUGGUUGGGCAGGACACCUUACCCAGGGAAAGCCCGGAUCUGCUGCUGCUCCUUAGGAUGCUGUCUCUGGGACAGGGGGCCUGGGACAUGAUUGACAGCCAAGUCUUCAAGGAACCAAAAAUGGAAGCCGAGCUGAUCACCAGGUUCCUGCCGCUGCUGAUGUCCUUUGUGGUGGAUGACCACACCUUCACAGUGGAUCAGAAGCUGCCCUCGGAGGAGAAGGGACCAAUCCCCUACCCCAGCGCCAUUCCCGAGGCUUUCACCAAGUUCCUGCAGGAGAACAGAAUAGCUUGUGAGAUUGGGCUCUAUUACAUCCUUCACAUCACCAAACAGAGGAACAAGAAUGCUUUUCUGAGGCUCCUGCCAGCACUUGUUGAGACAUUCAGUGACUUGGCCUUCAGUGACAUUUUCCUGCACCUGCUCACUGGUAACCUCACCCUGCUCAGUGAUGAAUUUGCACUUGAGGAGUUCUGCACCAGUCUCUUUGAUGGCUUCUUCCUCACUGCCUGCUCCAGGAAGGAGAACGUGCACAGACAUGUGCUCAGGCUGCUGCUGCAUCUGCAUCACAAAGUGGCCCCAGCCAAACUGGAGUCUCUGCAGAAAGCUUUGGAGCCCACCAAGCAGAGUGGGGAAGCUGUGAAGGAGCUUUACAACCAGCUCAGUGAGAAACUGGAGCUGCGCAAGCCCAGCCCAGCUGAAGUGACUGAGACUCCCUCCAUGGAGCUGCCCCUGCCCACCGUGCCCACCCCAGCCUCACGCUGAGCUGGGCUGCAGGCCAGGCCUGAGGGGAGAGGAGCUGAGCCUCUGCUGCCUUCUGGGUGUCUGUGCCCACGUGGUGGAGACAAAAACAAAGCCACUGAAGCUCCUUCAGGAUUCGCUGCAGUUCACCCAACUCACUGACUCUGGCUGGUUAGAAAACUGUAUGCAGUGCAUUGCAAGGUUUACUUUUCUUAAAGAUAGCUGAGUGUCUUCUUGUAGAUCCACUUGAAAUCUGACUGUACAUUUUUAAAAGAAAAAAAGAAAAUGCAUAUUUUUAAGCUUA